UCAACGUGUUUAAAGACCCCAUCAUGUCCAUGCUUGCAGAACCCCGGAGAAAACAGAAAUGGUCUAUUGACCCGCGGAACAGCGCGUGGAGUAAAGAUGAGUCCAAGUUCGGCCAGAAGAUGCUGGAGCGAAUGGGCUGGUCCAAGGGAAAGGGCCUGGGGAGAACUGAGCAGGGCUCCACGGAACACAUCAAAGUCAAAGUGAAGAACAACCAGCUGGGGCUAGGAACCACUGCCAGCCACGAGGACAACUGGAUCGCCCAUCAGGAUGACUUUAACCAGCUCCUGGCGGACCUCAACAACUGCCAUGGUCAAAACACUGCCAAUGAAGCCCCAUCAGAAGAGAAACAGCAGGAGAAGUCCUUCAGCCUGGAGGAGAAGUCAAAGACAUCCAGGAAGAGGGUCCACUACAUGAAGUUCACCAAAGGGAAGGACUUGUCCAGCCGCAGCCAGACAGACCUGGCCUGUAUCUUUGGGAAGAGGGGGACGAAGCGGAUGGCCGAGGACCAGGAAGAGGAGAGCAGUGGGCCAGACUCCCAGGGAGUGAACGAGAAGGAGACCAGAGCUGUUACAGCACCAGCUACAAAGGUUACGACCCCUGAACCUGAUGUAGAGGCCAUCACCAAGACAGUCACCAGCACCCUCUCCAUGCAGGAGUACUUUGCCCAGCGGAUGGCUCAACUGAAAAAGGGUCAUGGCGAGGCUCCCACUGCAACCUCAUCACCAGAGAACAGUGAUACGCAGCAAGUCACGGCUGAUUUUGUCACUGACCACACAGAGGAAGUCACGUCAAAGAAGAAGAAGAAGAAGAAGAGGAGAAAGAGAGAGAGGGAAGAGGAUGACGUGGUGGUGAAGGAGGAGUGUGUCGUUGCUCCCGUGUCGGAGGGGCGUGAGAAGAAGAGAGAGGGGGAAGAGGAUGACGUGGUGGUGAAGGAGGAGUGUGUCGUAGCUCCCGUGUCAGAGGGGUGUGAGAAGAAGAAGAAGAAGCGAAAGAGAAAGCGGGCGGAGAAAGAGGUGUUGGCUGAAGACUGCAGCGCCACCACUGGCGUGGAGCAGAACUGCCAGGACCGCCAAAUUGUAGACUUAACUACGGAGUGUGAGGUUGUAAAUAAGAAAUGGAGGGAGGAGGUGGUUGUCGUGGAGGACGAGGAGGUAGUUGUCGUGGAGGACGAGAAGAAAUCUAAAAAGAACAAGAGGAAGAAAAUAGAUCUACAUUCUUUGUAGAGCUCUAGAACCGUCUUCUCUUGGUCUGCGUCUCAAAUGGCACCCUAAUCCCUUUGUAGUGCAGUACCCCAUAUGGCUCUGGUAUAAAGUAGUGCACUAAAUAUAUAUAGAGAGAAUAGGGCCCCAUUUGGGAUGCACAUUAGCCCUCAGGUUUCUGUGCUACAGUACAGUAGUCCUCAGGUAUCUGUGCUCCAGUACAGUAGGCCUCAGGUAUCUGUGCU